CUCUAACUUGCUCAUCCAACUGUCUCAAUUAUGAUGACUCCACGCAAACAAACACUAACAACAUCAUCUUCAUAGGGCGCUUGGAAUGCUGGGAUAUUCAAAUGAUUUUCGCUCACUUUUUACUGGACGCAAAUGUUGUGCAGCGCCGCACAAACCUUAACGCCCACAAUUGUGGAUAUUAUUUUUGAAGACUUUUCUACAACGCCUUUUAACAGUCCUGUAGUAUCACCCGAGGGUAAAUUAAGAAAUGUGAAUCGGUCCCCUUUAUUUAUAUUACGGGAAAAACCUAAGAAAAACUACAGCCGUGAAUUUAGAGAAAAGGCAAAAUUGGCUCUUUUAUAUGAUCCUACGCCAGAAAGAAAAGCUUCAGAUCGAGGUUCUGACGAUAUCGAGAAAAAGGACACUUACAACGUAAAUCAAAAUAAGUUGUUUUUAAAAUUUGUGAAGAGACAACAUUUAAGUUAACGAUUCUUCCCAGCUUCUUUGGCAUGUAGUAGCUGUUUCGCUAGCGAUCUAGAGAAAUGUUUAAAAACUGUCCUUGGAUUUUCGAAAUAUUAAAUGCCG